AAAUGAUAAUCUCUUUUAUUUCACAAGGUUGUUGUGAGGAUCAAACAAAAUGUUUUGGAAAUACUAAAAUGGGGCUUAUAUGUAUAUGUGUGUGUCUAUAUUACUGCUGUAUGUAAAUGAGUGGGAAAUGUUUUAGUAAUUCAGACUGGCCUCCUUUAUUUUUACUCAAAAUUAGUAUGUUUUUAUUAUGUUUAGGCUAUUAAGAACUUAGAUUCUUUUUAUACAGUCUUCUAAUAUGUUUUUUUGAAAUUAAUGCAAAAUCCACAUUUUUAAAGAUUAGGUAGGUCAUAAAAACCAUGUUUUAAUAGUUUAUUUAAAGUUUUAGGCUAUGUAUGUUCUCUGCAAAUAAAUAUAUUCAUCUUGAUACUGGUAUAUGUGAAAAUAGCUGGUGAAAUUAUAUUAAGGAAAAUUUUGAGGAAGCUCAGAUUUUUCAGUCAUGCUGACAUUCUAUUAAUAUUAAGAUAUUUGUUUAUUUAAUUGCAAUUUGUUUUAUGAAUAUUAAGUUGACUGAAUUGGGCUUUAACUUUUUCAUCCAUGUUUUGCUAAACUAUUAGGUAAACCUCACUGAUUUUAAAGUUCCUGCUUUUCCGUCUCCCUAGAGCCCUCUUAUUUUUCAUUAUUGCUUAACUUUUUCUACCCCCUACCUAGUAUUGUGGUGUUUAGCAAAUGUUCUGUAAUGAGACCUACAGGGUGGUGCAUUCCCAAAGAAGUCAGGUGAUUGUUGCAUUAAGGCAGCUGCUUGAGGUUCAAGUCAGUCAGUGCCCCUGCCUUCUGCUGCCACAGGAUCUCUUGUUAUUUAUCAAAAUUCUUAAAUAGCUUUCAAUACUAGCUGAUUUUUAAAGAAAGAGUAUGCUGAAGUCUUUUGGGUGAUCCAAUGGGAAUUACAUUGAUCUGGUGUUUGGCUUUGGUUCUCAUCAAGUGGAUUACCUCUAAGAGGCGAGGAGCAAUUUCUUAUGACAGUUCUGAUCAAACUGCAUUGUAUAUUCGUAUGCUAGGAGAUGUACGAGUAAGGAGUCGGGCAGGAUUUGAAUCAGAAAGAAGAGGUUCUCAUCCAUACAUUGAUUUUCGUAUUUUUCACUCACAAUCUGAAAUUGAAGUGUCUGUGUCGGCCAGGAAUAUAAGAAGGUUGCUAAGUUUCCAGCGAUAUCUUCGAUCUUCUCAUUUUUUCCGUGGUGUUGCUGUUUCAAGUUCAUUAAAUAUUUUAGAUGAUGAUUAUAAUGGACAAGCUAAGUGUAUGUUGGAAAAAGUUGGCAAUUGGAAUUUUGAUAUCUUUCUCUUUGAUAGAUUAACUAAUGGAAACAGUCUAGUGAGCUUAACCUUUCACUUAUUUAGUCUUCAUGGACUAAUUGAAUACUUCCACUUAGAUAUGAUGAAACUUCGGAGGUUUUUAGUUAUGAUUCAAGAAGAUUAUCAUAGUCAAAAUCCUUAUCACAAUGCAGUUCAUGCUGCUGAUGUGACUCAGGCCAUGCACUGUUAUUUAAAAGAACCGAAGCUUGCCAACUCUGUAACUCCUUGGGACAUCCUACUGAGUUUAAUUGCAGCUGCCACACAUGAUCUUGAUCACCCAGGUGUUAAUCAGCCUUUUCUUAUUAAAACAAAUCAUUACUUAGCAACUUUAUACAAGAAUACCUCAGUAUUAGAAAAUCACCAUUGGAGAUCAGCAGUGGGGUUAUUGAGAGAAUCUGGUUUAUUUGCCCAUAUGCCAUUAGAAAACAGGCAACAGAUGGAAAACCAGAUAGGUGCUUUGAUUCUAGCAACGGACAUUAGUCGACAGAAUGAAUAUCUGUCAUUGUUUAGAUCCCAUUUGGACAAAGGAGAUUUAUGUUUAGAAGAUGCCAGUCAUCGACAUUUCAUUUUACAGAUGGCUUUGAAGUGUGCCGAUAUAUGCAACCCGUGUCGGACCUGGGAACUAAGCAAGCAGUGGAGUGAAAAAGUUACAGAAGAAUUCUUCCAUCAAGGAGAUAUUGAAAAAAAGUAUCAUUUGAGUGUGAGUCCACUAUGUGAUCGGCAAACAGAAUCAAUAGCCAACAUUCAGAUUGGCUUUAUGACAUAUCUAGUGGAGCCAUUGUUUGCAGAGUGGGCCAGAUUUUCAAAUACCAGACUAUCACAGACCAUGCUUGGUCAUGUGGGACUCAAUAAAGCCAGUUGGAAGGGAAUGCAGAGAGAACAAUGUAGCAGUGGUGAUGAUACUGACACUGCCUUUGAAGAAGUAGACUCUGAAUUAUUACCUCAGGAAAAUCGAUUGUUAUGACCCCACCUCCGCCUGAACUGCCCAGAAUCAGUGGCACAAAACAGACUUUUGGAGGAUUUUUUUUUACAAACUGUGAAAUGAAGUCUUGAGGUGAGAGAACCUAAUUCUUGUCUGCUGAGGUUUCUAAAUGAAUGAUGCCAGCAUUAUUUAUUUCCAAGAUUUCCUUUAAUGGAUCUUUUAAACCCACUUUCUGUUACAAGACCUGAACAUAUAGCAAUAUGCAUAUGCCUCAGCUGACUUUUGUGGGAACCCUUAAUAUGCAAAUCGCAGCAGGGACAGGAUCCUCCUGGAGGAUCAGGACAUUUCAUGGUUUGCCACAUGUGUGUGUUUGAAAGCAAAACUGUGAGCCUUAAAGUGGCUCCUUCAGCAGAGGUCUCUUGGAACGGAACCAAGCUGAUGGGACAAAAUGUAAAGAAGGUCUGCCGCCACUAGUUCUCACUAUGGAAACUAUGGAACUGUGAAGUGCCCAGCCUCUGCUGCCUGUGACAAGACUUGAUGUUUACAAAUUGACUCUAAAAAUGUGGGUUCUAAAUUUGCCUUGGAGCAUGAUUGUGAAAGAACCACUCAAAUUUUAAGAUCAAAUCUGAGACUGCAGCUCUUUACCCAAACAUCCCCUUUUUGUUUGACUCUCUCCUGUCAUUUGGAUGCCACACAAGUCUCCCAUUCGCUAUGGUUUUACUUUAUGCACUGGUAACUAAGCUUUUAUCAGAGAAUACAACCCAAUUUCCACUCCAGUGCUGCAUAGGAAUGUAAUUUUGUUUUUAAAGUAGAAAUACCCAGUUUUGAAUUAAGAGGUGGG